GGAUACCAAUGCCACGUCAGCACCUGACGUGCGUUCUCAAGCGCUGUUCCUUGUCCACAUCAGCACGUGUGUCUUUGUCGUCAUCGUUCUCGUACAGGUCAUCAUCGGGAGUACAGCUCCGAUACCAAAUUGCAAUCGACCCAGAUCGUGAAGACACUUGUCAACAAUGCAAGCCCAGAUGAAUAUCAACCUGCUGAUGAUUAACAAUAAUCAUAAUCGUGUCCAGAUAGCUUGAGAUGGGAAAAUCAUACACAGACGAAGGAGAGAGGAGGGAGAUUAGACGUAGAAGAAGAAUAAAAGACAAUGCCCACUUCUGCUUCGGGCUCCCUCCUCGAUCAUCACCUCAAUAAUCAAUAAUCGGAACGCGCAUCUGAAGUUCUAUCACAAUGUGCCACAUGGCAUGUCAAUCAGUCCUUAUCAGUGAGCUGGAGCAAUGUCGACAUCAAGAUAACCAGGUUGCCCUUGACUGGGCUGGACAUUGGGGCGGAGGAAUCACUGCAAGCAUAUCGAUUGGCCUGUUGCUGAUGGUGGGAGAAAAGGGCAGUGCAUAUGUUUUUAUAUGCUGGACAUUGUUCCUGAUUCCAUCAUUCUACUUAUCAAGAAGGAUUGAGCAGUCGUUCGGGCCAUUUGGAGGUCUUGCUGCAUACAUGGCUAUGACGUCGAUCCCAACAACGCAUCUUCUCGUUAUUGUUGCAACCAUGUUGAAGUUUCUGAUGUCGAAGAUGGGGACAACAGGAUGUCUGUUUUUGCCGGAUGUGAUCGUCGCAGUGUCAUUCGGUCUGUCUACUUUCAUUGUUGUUGGUCCCGUGAUGCCGGUCCUACGGCGUUGGGUCGGUCAUUGGCGGGUUGUUCAGUGUCUUAUCUUCAUAUCGGUAAUAGCAGCAUCCAUUUCAAGUCAAGUUUUUCCUUAUGGACCACAUGCACCGAAGAGGAUGGGGAUUCAGAAUAUACAUUUCAUUGACAAUGGGGUUGUUAGAUCGGGGAUUGUCGUGUCGACGUUUGAUGCGAACACCCCUCCUUUCGUCUUGAAACAUGUCCCCCGUCUAGCGAAAGCCAUCGGAGUGGAGAUAUCUGGAGAAGAGAUCCCUUCUGGUUCAGAGGCUGCACCUCACACCUCGUUUCUGGCCUGGUAUCCCCUUGGCGAGCUUAUCCAUCACGCUUUCUUUGUUCGGUCCAAAGCGGUUCCGCCUUUCCCUGGAGAUUUCAAGUUGCCGAGUCUGCAAGUCUCCAGGGUGGAAAUAGUGGGGAAAGAAAGCAGGAGUGGGAGUGAGGAAUUGAUGAAGGGUUGGCGUCGACUACAUGUCGUCUUCGACUUGGGGUCUGCCAAGCAGGUUUGGGUAUCAGCAAUCAACGUGACUGGAGCGCUGACAAAGUGGUCGAUAACGGACGGCCAGCUGCCAGGUUAGUUCAUUUCACUUGGCCAUCUUUUGUCCAUUUUGAUGUUUCUUCGACAUCUCGACUCUUGAGGUGUCUUCCUGUCCCAUUUCCCUGCUCUGCCUUUGCACUUGCGAGCACCGUCUUCUCGUUGACAUACACUACGGAGAACUCAUGUUUAUACGGCAGAAAGUCCACUUGAGUGUGGACGAGUAGAGUAAAUCAGCAGGCUUGCG